AUGGCUCUUCCCAAGCGCAUCGUCAAGGAGACGGAACGUCUCAUGGCAGAGCCUGUCCCUGGAAUUAGCGCCGUCCCCCACGAGGAUAAUCUGCGCUAUUUCGACGUCGAGAUCCAUGGCCCAACCCAGUCACCAUACGAAGGCGGCAUCUUCAAGCUUGAGCUCUUUCUCCCUGAUGACUACCCCAUGACUCCCCCCAAGAUCCGCUUCCUCACCAAGAUCUUCCACCCCAAUGUUGACAAGCUGGGCCGUAUCUGCUUGGAUGUCCUGAAGAAUAAUUGGUCUCCUGCUCUACAAAUCCGGACGAUCCUCCUCUCCAUCCAGGCCUUGCUCGGCGCACCGAACCCCGACGACCCUCUCGCCGCAGACGUAGCUAAGAGCUGGAAAGAAGACGAACAGGCAGCAAUUGCGACGGCCAAGGAAUGGACCAAGAAGUAUGCACAGUCAUAG